AUGGUGAAACCAGAGGAAUCCCACACUGUGGAGAAACCGUGGAAGUGUUGCGACUGCGGGAGAGGCUUCCAUGCCCCAUCUGUCCUGGAGAUUCAUCGAGGGGAGAGGCCAUUCAGCUGCCCUGAGUGCGGGAAGGCCUUCAGUGAUUCCUCUAUUCUGCUGAGGCACCAGUGGAUCCACAUCGGGAAAAGGCCGUUCUCGUGCCCUGAGUGCAGGAAGGGCUUCACCCGCUCUUCCGCUCUGCUGACCCAUCUGCGGGUCCACACGGGUGAGAAGCCCUUUAGCUGCCCCGAGUGCAGGAUGGCCUUCAGCAGGUCUUCCCACCUGCUGAGGCACCAGCGGGUCCACACUGGGGAGAGGCCGUACUCCUGCCUCCAGUGCGGAAAGUGCUUUACCCAGCCCUCCAACCUGCUGACCCACCAGCGGAUCCACACCCGCGAGAGACCGUUCUCCUGCCCCGAGUGCGGGAAGGAUUUUGCUGUUUCCUCUAACCUCGUGGCCCACCGGCGGGUCCACACGGGGGAGAGGCCAUUCAGCUGCCCCGAGUGCAGGAAGGCCUUCAGCGAUUCCUCUGCUCUGCUGAAGCACCAGCGAGUCCACACUGGGGAGAGGCCCUUCAGCUGCCCUGAGUGCGGGAAGAGGUUUACGUUUUCCCGCAAUUUGCGGAAGCACCAGCGGGGGCACCAGCGCUCACAACAGUCAGAUUCCACAGCUAACACUGCUGUGAGUCCCCCCCAGGACUGAUUCUCCUGACAGUGGGUGCAGUGGGAGAGUUGGUGCACUGUAUUUGUUUUCCGUUGGACUGCAACCCCACGGUGGCUCAGGGGUGGUAUGGUGACUCAGUGAUUAGCACUGCUGCCUCAUGGCACCAGGAACCAAGGAUCAAUUCCACCCUUGGGGCGACUGUCUGUGUGGAGUUUGUGGAGGGUAGGAGAAUGGAUGAGAUAAGAAACCGCUGCCUGUCUUGAGACAAGUCUCCCAAAGAGAACUUGCUGACUGAUUGUCUGAUCUACUGAUCCUCACAGUACCCCA